AUGCAUUUGUAUGAUCACUCAGGUGGUAUUGUAACCCCUUGCAUCAAUAUCAACCAGGAUCUGGACAGAUUCUUGCAUACCUUCUCAUGCAUUGUUUUCGGUGGCCUCGAGUGCAUUGGGUAUGAUCCAACCAUCAGUAUCUUUACUAAGACACUUCAGCCCAGCCAGCUCCACCAAUCCUCCACCUUCACUCGUCCUACCACUGGAACUGCCAAAUACGAUCUUAAACAACCGAACGAGAGCACACCUGUCAUCCUCAAGAGUGGUGCUUUGGCAGAUGAUCCCAUAUCCGAACCAGAGAGUCCUGAGCCAUCGCUUCUGACCAAACAUCCCCUGCCUGAAGAUCAUGAAGAUAUUGAAGAUAUUGAAGAUCCUGAAAACCCUCUCCCAGAAGAACUCCUCCCUGAAGACCUCCUCCUCCAGGAAGGUCUUCCUACACCCCUUCCUGCAGAUCCCCUCCUUGCACCUCUUCCAGAGCCGAUUGGAAAAAUUCGAGUCAACCAUAACUACUAUGAUAUCCUGGAAGUCAUGUUCUCUAGCCAAGGGCUUGUCAGUCAUGGCACUGUGUGCUACUUGACAAGGAGGGGCAAGGAGGAAUACAUAAUAAAAGAUCAUUGGGUUUUAGGGAGUAAGGAGGACAUGUUGAAUGAGGUCACCAUGUUGAAUGAGAUGAAGGGGGUUCAUGGUGUACCCGAACUUGUUGAGCACUGGCUCAUUGAGAUCGCAUCUGGGGAGCCCCAUGCACGACCAUUGCAUAUGUUCUGCACAAAGGCAGAGUUAGUGAGUGUGAUCUGGGACAUCGUUGCCAUUCAAAAGAUAGUGGUCAAAGAGCGAGGUAUUCUGCAUCGAGAUUGCAGCCUUAACAACUCUAUGAUCGAGGACAACAGUAAUGGCUCCCAUGGCACAUUGAUAGACUGGGAAUUUGCCAUGCAUAUUCUUCAGAGCAAUCGCUACCCUAUCAGUGGUACGGGCACAGUACCAUUCAUGUCGUGGAAGCUUCUUCACCAGCUCUCAGAUGUCAUUCCUCUGGUGUCUGUGCAGAAGAAAACUCAAAAGAAAGCUUCACAUUCAAGACCGCAACAGGCUAUGUUGAUCAAACACACUUUUUCUGAUGAUCUCAAAUCCCUCUUUUACAUCUUCGCCUGGAUCUGCAUCGAAUUCAGGGGUCCCCUCGGGAUGAAACAGGUCCUCAAGUCUAGGGGCGAUAGGAUCAAAUGGCUACCACACACAUGGUCUGCCAACUCUUACGCAGAGUGUGACCAAGCUAAGAUGGGGUUCUUUUUCCACUCAGAGGAUUUGGAGAAGCUUGAAAAGCAGAUUCAUCCCUACUUCAAGAAUCUUAUUCCUCUUGCAAAAGAAUGGUAUGGGCUGAUGAGGAACAACAGCAACCCAGAUUCAGUACCCUUUGAUGCUGUGCUUGAGAUGUUGAAUAGACAUCUUGCAGAGCUUCCAAAGGAUGAACCAUCCCCUGAGUUAUUGUUUGCCAAAACAAUCCUCAAGCAAAAACAGCCAACUGGAGAUGCUCCUGAUUCCACAGGUGCAGUAGAUCCAGGAGUCACUAGGUUACCUAAUGACACAACCAGGCACAUGGGGCCAGCUGUAGGCAACAUGACGAUGGAAGCUGCAGUACCCAUCAGGCCAUCAAAGCGGAACAAAACCCAAUCUUCAUAA